UUAUACACUUAAUAUAUUUAUGUAUUCUAUUCGUCUAGUAUAGACAUAUAUUUUGUAAUAUUUAGUAUUUGUCGUGUUGGAUUUUAAUCUAAAUAUUAAUUAAAUUAAUGUAAUUGUACAACCUAAGUUCAUUUAGUGUUAAGAAUCAUAUUUAAGUAACAAACAUGGACCUUCACCGACCGGUGGAUCCUAACAAGACAUACCAGGAGCUGACGUCUGAGGAGAGAUUGAGAUAUGAUCACCAGAAAUUGCAUGAACUCCACAAAGGCCAUGAAUCAAUGCAUACAACUAUGGUCUUAAUAUUAAUAGGAGCACUUGUAAUUUCACAAGUUGUCAUUGUCCAAUGGAAGAAACGACAUUAUAGGUCAUAUGCUUUCUUCACAAUGAUCGCCAUGUGGUCCAUCCCAGUCAUGAUAAGCUUUAAAAACGGUUGGUGGAGAUUUGUUUCAAUUUGGAGUGUAUUCACACUCCUUACAGCUCUAGUCAUUAGAAAAAGUUCAAUUAAGCCAAUGUCUGCUACUACGCCUAGAUUAGUGUACAAAUGGUUUUAUUUAAUAUAUAAAGUUUGCUGUUUUGUUGGUGUGUUUGGUUACAUACUGAUGAUGCUUACAAUGCUCGGCGUCAACUUGAUGUUCGGACAGAAGCCCCAAGUCUGGAUGGACAUAGCUAUAUUAUUUUUGUUUAACGGCUUGUACUUCGGAGUACUAGGGAGGGAUGUUGCUGAAUAUUGCACCGAUCAAAUGGCAGCAUCCAUCGGGUACUACACGAAGGAGGGCAUACCGACUCGGCAGCUGGAGAGCGACGUGUGCGCCGUGUGCGGGGCCGCGCUGUUGGUGCCGGUGCACGAGGAGGGCGUGCUGGAAAACACAUACAAGCUGCCGUGCGGACAUGUCUUCCACGAGUUCUGCAUCCGGGGCUGGUGCAUAGUCGGCAAGAAGCAGACGUGUCCGUAUUGCAAAGAGAAGGUGGACCUCAAGCUGAUGUUCACGAACCCUUGGGACCGUCCGCACAUCAUGUACGGCCAGCUGCUGGACUGGAUCCGCUGGCUGGUGGCGUGGCAGCCGCUCGUCAUGUUCCUCGUGCAGGGAGUCAACUGGUUGUUUGGACUUGAAUGAAAUCGAUGAGAAAUGUUUAAUACUGAUCGAUACGAUUUGUCGUUGAAUUAAAAAAAAAAAUUUUCUUUAUCCAGGGUAUGCAAAACUAAAACAAAAAUAGAUGGCAAUGCUGGAGAGUCCUAACGUGAUUACACGAAAAAAAAACAUAACUGCAGAUUACAAUAAUAAUUUCGUAGUGUGUUAUUUCAUAAUAAACAAAUACAUAACAAAUAAAUAAAUAAGUGGCACCCAAGAUUUGAUAGGAGCAUCCGCGAGCCGCCUGCUCAAAGCGCGUGCGGACAAUGUAAAUUCAUGAAAUGGAUUUUUUUAAAAAGAAUAUCAAGUUUUUAUGAAUGAAAUGAAAUGCGUUUAUUUCAGGCAACUUAAUCCCAUAAAUUUUCACAUACAAUGACAUAAAUAUACAAUAAAAUUAAAAUUUAUCAGAAUGACCAAAAACAAAAAAAAAACAAAAAUGAAACCGAAUCAAAAUUAAUAAAUUAAAAUUAAUUAAUAAUUAAUAAGCAAUGCAUUUUAUGCUUUGCUGAACAAAUGUUGUGUACCGCCACGUCAGGGUAGUGGUGGUCUGCCCUUUCGACACUGGGGGCAGACCAUAACCUCCUGCAUAUUGCUCAUCUGCUAGUCAUCAUUUAACGACGUCGAAGAUUCGAUUGACGUUUGCUAAACAAAUACAAUUCGUUCUAUUAGCUCUUUAUUUGUUGAAAUAGAAUAGUUCGACAAUUCAUUCGGUAGGAAAUGCUUAUCGCUUCAAAUGUGUGGUCCGUGAAUGUUCUUGAUUAGUUCGGUGCGACCGCCGCCUCUAGAGUGUAGGUGUGUGUCGACUGCGUGAUGUUGGCGCAUCAGUUAGCUUAGUGCGAGUUUUGUAACGUUUUCGAUAGUGUAAAAGGAACAGCGCCCCUAGCGGCAAACGUAAGCAAACGUUCCAACUCCAUGCAAAUUUGAGUUAACUUUUACGCAAUCGAGAACGUUAAAAUACUCGCACUGAGCACAGACUACGUGGCGAGCCAACUUACUCGAGAUCACCUUGUAGACCUCGGGAACUGUAACCGACAAAUCGUAUCGUGUGUACAUCAUGCGGACUGGUUUAUUGUUAAGUUAAGAAAUCGUUUUUUUUUAAAUGUUGUUUCAAUUUCAGUACAAUUAAUUAUUCGACGGGAGAAAUCAGUAUUUUUUGCAAUAAAAUCUUUAUUACUUAUUUAUAAUAUAAUUUGAUAUAAUUUAAACAUUUAUAGCUCGUAGGCUAAAUUCAAAUUCUGUUGUACUCUAUGGGCUGUGACGUCACUAGACUGACAGCGGUGCGGCCGUCACUGUCAGUCGACGCACUGCAAUACAGGCUUCCGUUCCGUUAACCCGCCUCAACCCUGUCUACUGGCGUUUAGAAACUUACGCUUAUGUCUGGUAUUUGCGUAGACAGACCAGCCUAGACCUACCUGACGUUAAGCACUUACCGGUACCAGUAGACAUCCAGCCAUCGAUAGCCGGACCCGUCAGCAUAACAACCCUCUCGCCCAGCGCAAAGGUCCACCGCCACCUCUCGAAGCACAGCCUGUUGUCCGCAAGUGACCACUUAGUGGGAGGGCGAGACCGGUGCGCGACUUAACCCAUUCCUUUGUAAAACCAGUAGUUCAUUCUGUUCAUUCUGUAUGAACAUUAAAACAUUAGUUAAGAAAUAUUAUUUUUAUAUAAAAUCGUGUUGUCGGUUUGAUACUGUUGAUAUUACAUACGAAUAAAUCAAAUCUGAACA